CACAUGGGAUUUUUAUAAAAAAUUUAAGAAUUUAAGAAUUACCUAAAGAAACGUAUUAAUCUUACUAGUUAUUACUUAUUUAUUACAAUGGACGAGCUAAUCGUGGGUACUUACGAAGGGUUUAUGCUCGGCUACUCUUUAAGUUCCCAGGAUGAGGUUACAAAGUUGAAGCAGACAUUUGCUACACAGUCCCAUACAUCCUCUGUACGAUGUGUAUCAACAGGCGGGAAGUUCCUUGCAUCUGGAGGUACUGAUGAUAAAGUAGUGGUCAUAGACAUGAAGUCUCGUAAGGAGCACACUGUCCUCAUGAACCACGAUGGAACUAUCAACGCCGUCGCAUUCACUAACGGAGGCACCCACCUCAUCACCGGCAGUGAUGAUGGAAAACUCAUAGUAACAAGAGUUGGAAAUUGGCAGGUUGAAAAAAUAUGGAAGAAAGCACAUGGAGGUCAGCCAAUAACAGACAUUGCUGUGCACCCUUCAGACAAAAUGGCUCUCAGUGUGGGCGGGGACAAAACAUUAAGGACAUGGAACUUAGUCAAAGGCCGGCCAGCCUUUACCAUAAACCUGGCUAGCAAGGGUGUCACUAUGCCUACUGAAAUAAAAUUCUCACCAGGAGGUGACAGGUUCUCUCUGGUGUCACUCCAGAAUGUUGAUGUCUGGACAAUCAGCAAAGCUGGCAUAGAAAAAAGAAUAACAUGCACAUCCAAACCAUCAUGUGUGCAAUGGAUCACAGAUGAAAGACUGUUUGUAGGCUUGGAGAAUGGAAACAUCCUUAGCCUCACAGUUUCAGACACACAAGCACAGACUUUCAGUGCACACAAGCAAAGAGUUAAAAGUCUGCAUUAUGAAAAUGAAGUUUUAUACUCAGCUUCUAGCUCUGGGGAAAUGAAGGUGUGGUCAGUCACAGAGUCAAACAAUUUAGCUGAAAUAUGUUCUGCUAAUGCUGGUUGCAGAAUCACUUGUGUCACAUUAAAUAGGCAGAGCAAGUUUAUAAAGAAAGAGGAGGAUGUAGUUGAGGAAGCUAAGAGUGACAGUGAGGAGGAGACAGUUCCUGACGAUGCCGGUGACAACUCUGAGGCAUCUGAAGAAGCAGAGGAAGUGUCUCCUCCAGCCAAGCGGAAACCUGGGGCCUUUGUCACCAUAAGCUAUGGUGAUGAUGAAAAGGAAGGGACUGAACCAUCACCAAAGAAGAUCAAAAGAAAAAAACGAAACAGAAAACCUAAAAAUAAGAAGAGUCAAUAAAUGAUUUUAUUAUA